AAAUUGUGCUGUGUAAAUGCACGUGUAUAAUAGGAAUGAUUUUUAUAAAAAAUCUACGAAUUAUGCAAUGUUAACCGCUCGUUUUAUUUUAGUUCUAAUGUUGUGUUAAUAAAAUGGUGUAUUUAAUGUGUUAUUUUAGCUUCACAUAAUUAAUAAUAGUAAUUAUUUUAAAUUUUACAAAAAUGAGUAUGUGCAAUACUUUGCUCAGCAGGAUUUUAAAAUUGAAUCUUAGUUUAUCACACAAAAAUGUUGCGAAUAAUUCUCUGCUACAGAUCAGUAAUUUUUCGACACGUGAACUUUUAAAAGAAGCUUAUUGUCGUACAAAAUUAAAAUGUAGAUCUAAAAAAUUACCUCAAGAUGUUAAUCCUCAAGGAGUGUUUGCCUGUAAUGAGUUGGAUCUUUCGGAAGUCAAAGUGUAUGGUUUCGAUUAUGAUUACACUUUAGCGCAUUAUAAACCAAGUUUAGAACAUUUGCUAUAUAAUCUCGGGAGAGAUAUUCUAUUAGAUAAAUAUAAGUAUCCUUCAGAAAUUUCAAAAUUGGAAUACAAGCCUGAUUUUGCCGUAAGAGGUCUACACUAUGAUAUUGAAAAAGGUUUGCUGUUAAAAUUGGAUUCAUUUCUCCAAAUUCAAUUUGGUGCAGUCUAUAGAGGCCUAACACCUGUGUCUUCAGAGGAAGUUCUUAAAAUAUAUAGAAAUAGAAUAAUACCAAUAGCAUAUGUGGAGGGAGAUACAAGAAUGCAUAAGGCAAACCGAUCAAAAAUGGUACACUUAGCAGAUUUAUUUUCAGUGCCAGAGAUGGGCUUAAUGUGUAAUGUUGCGGAAUAUUUUAUAAGAAAUCAAAUAGAUUAUCAUCCUGAAAUAUUGUUCUUGGAUGUUAAGAACUCAGUUCAGAGCUGUCAUCCCAUAAUGCAUAAGAUUGUCGCUAAAAACGUGGAGGAAUACAUAAGACCCAACUGUGAUUUGAGAAAGUACUUCCAAUUAUUACAGGAAUGUGAUAAAAAGUUGUUUUUAGUCACAAACAGUCCAUUUCAUUUUGUUAAUGCAGGCAUGGAAAUGCUAGUCGGUCCAGACUGGCGAGAGUUCUUCGAUGUGGUGAUAGUAAAUGCGAACAAACCAAAGUUCUUCACGGAGGUCUCACGUCCAAUACGUGUAUUUGAUAAAAAUGCCAACACGCAUAUAUGGGAGAAAGUAACGUCCUUAGAAAAGGGCAUUAUUUAUUAUGAGGGUACGGUGAAACAGUUGCAAGAUCUAACAGGUUGGAGCGGACACCAGGUUCUGUACUUCGGAGAUCAUCCUUACAGCGACCUCGCAGACGUGACUCUGGAGCACGGCUGGCGGACUGGGGCUAUCAUCAAUGAGCUCACGCACGAGAUUAAUACUCUGAACACACAGACGUUUAAAGAGAAUGCUAACUGGCUACAAAUGCUAACACAGCUUAUCGAGGACUACCAGGAUUACAAGGAACCAGAGGCUUUAGCAGUGAUUGGUGAAUGGAUGGCCGAACGAGACUAUCUGCGCAAUUCAACGAAGGCAGUAUUUAAUCCUCAGUUUGGUAGUGUGUUCCGAACAUAUCAUAAUCCAACAUACUUUUCAAGGCGUUUGUUUAGAUUUGCAGACAUUUACACAUCUAAUAUAAGGAACUUAUUAAACUACUCAUUAACUCACACCUUUUAUCCUAGACGGGGUGUGAUGCCACACGAGUAUGGAUCUUAUUUUGUAUAGAAUAAGAGAAAUGUUGCAUGUUUAAUGUUAAAAGUCAAUAAUGCCUCAAUUUUUAAACAGUAUAUCUUUAGAAGUUCUUAUUUUUAAGUUUUUUUUAUAUUAUUUUUCAUUUUAUAUAUUAAAUAUCAUCUCUUAUACAACUUUUUUAAAGAUAAGCAAAAUCAUAAUAUUAUUAUUUAAAGUUAAAAAUAAACGUUUUAUUCAUACAUUACUAUUAUAUUAAACUUUUGAAUGGAAAACGAAAUAUCAAAAUUCAUUAAGGACUUCAAUAAAUAAUCUUUUAAUAUGAAAUGUUUUCAAAAGUAAAUUAAAUAUAUCUAGUGUAUUGAAAUGAAAACAUCGAAUAUUAUAUCGAAUAAAAAAUGAUAAGUCAAAAUAAUAUUUAAUUUAUAUCUGUUAUUGUUAUGCGGACUCUACUUUCGCGCCUCGGCCGCUGUAUAUGCGCACAAAAUCUGCGCGAAUAACAUUUCUUAUCUACAUAAAGUUUGGAUCAGUUCCCUUAAGUUUAGAGUCGUCUAAAUCUAAAUAAACGUUGUAAACUACUAUAUUUAGUUACUUAUCGCCAAAUCCAAGUAAUUUACUUACAUUGGAUUGGCCAGGUAGUUAAAAACGUAUCCAAGCUGUGCUCCAAGCUUUGGCGGUAUGUACUUAAAUUUACUAGUAGUUAACGACAACUCAAAGUGGUAAAUGAGUUUUUCAUAAGUUCUUAAGAAUUGUAUAGUAAGAAUUCUUUGAUUCAAUUUGGUUUUUGACGCUCUACAAAGCGUUCCUUAUUAGAACUGACCUAAGAAUUAUGUGGAGAAGAAAUAUAUAUUACGCAAUUAAAAUCUCUCUCCUUAUUAGUAGAAACUUAUAAAUAUAAUAAAAUAAUUAUAAUAAGUAUAAUAGAACGUUGUAAAAGAUUUAACCGUUGACAGCUCAAAUAAAGAUAAUGUUUUAAUCAAUUUAAAUUCAAUGAUGUCAUCACGUCAGUAUGACGUCACGAGAAAUGUAUAUAGCAGUAAAGUUUAAUUAUCAUUUUAGAGUCUGUUAUAGCCAUGAUGUUUUUACUUCUAUUCUGUAAUCGGAAUUCUAUUUAUCAUGUUAUCUUGUUAUAUUUACAUAGUGAAUUUAUCUUUGUAGUUAAAUAUUUAUUAGUAAAUAAGGUCAACUGUUUCUUGAAUAUAAUUUGCUAUUGUAAGUAAUAACAGUUCUAAGAUUCCUGGAGGUAUUCAUCUGUUAUAGAGUCUAGUCAACUGUAUCUAUUAUCUACAGAUUUAUUCUAGAUGUUUUUUAUACAUGUAGAAUCUAAAGGUCAAUGAACUUUUUGGUAUUUUGUUAGAUUAUUCUAUUUACUCAUAAAGUUAAACAUUUUAAGAAUAGUAUUUGUAUAGUAAGAUGUUUUUAUUUUAUAAGGCAUUUAAUGUACAUUGUUAUAAGUUUUUUUUUUAAAUUAAGAUUAGGUCAUUAUUAUCUUGCCAUUGCAAAAACGCUAGAUCCAAACUUUUAGUGACUAUUGUUUUAGUUAAAAAAUAUAUUAAAAUGUUUUUAGAUUCAAAUAAAAGCUUCGUUUUUAUAAUAUUUUGUGUGUUCAAUUUUACUAAACAUAAAAUGAUUGUAAGACCUCAGAUAAAAGUAUUUUAUACCGCUGUAA